CAGCUGACUGGUGAUGAUCGCGGUCAUCUGGUCCAAUUCUUGCAAACUCAUUCUUCAACCAAAAAAAACUCUUGGAUUUAUCUUUUCUACUCCUUAAAUCAAUAUAUACAAGUCUUUAGAUAUUUCCUGAAAUUUUUAUCGUAAAUUAACAAUGUUCUUAACGAGAUCAGAGUAUGACAGAGGGGUGAAUACCUUUUCACCAGAGGGACGUCUUUUCCAAGUAGAAUAUGCUAUUGAAGCCAUCAAGCUUGGUUCUACAGCCAUUGGAAUCCAAACAUCAGAAGGAGUGGUUCUUGCUGUUGAGAAAAGAAUCACCUCCCCUCUCAUGGAACCAUUCAGUGUGGAGAAAAUUGUAGAGAUUGAUCGCCAUAUUGGAUGUGCAAUGAGUGGUCUGAUUGCUGACUCACGGACAAUGAUUGACAAGGCAAGAGUCGAAGCCCAGAAUCACUGGUUUACUUAUAAUGAAAGCAUUAGCCUAGAGAGUAUAACCCAAGCAGUAUCCAACCUGGCGUUAGAGUUUGGUGAUGAUGAUGCCAGAGAAGGAGCUAUGAGUCGUCCCUUCGGUGUUGCUUUGUUGUUUGGUGGUUUUGAUGAUAAAGGACCUCAACUGUUUCAUUUGGAUCCUUCUGGGACAUUCAUAGAAUAUGAUGCCAAAGCUAUAGGAUCUGGUUCUGAAGGAGCACAGCACGCCCUCGAGGAAGCUUAUCAUAAGUCAAUGACAUUAAAAGAAGCCUGUAAGUCAGCUCUAACUAUACUCAAACAAGUCAUGGAAGAGAAAUUAAAUGCCACUAAUGUAGAGCUUUCAACCAUAACAGUUGAAAAUAAUUUCCGUAUGCAUACCAAGGAGGAGCUUGAAGCAUUAGUUCAAGAGAUCAAGUGAAUAUUGUUUGUCCAUUAGGAAUGGUUAUUCUUCCACUCUUCUGUAAAUGAUAUUGUUUUCAUAAGUUUAUUUAGAAAUUGAAGUGAGAACAGUGUGUUUGCAUAGUUAGUAUAGGUAACAUUAACUCUACUACAAAGUGCAUUCUUCUAGGUAUCAUACUGGUACCAUCAUACUUUUUGCUACCUUUUGGAAAAAGGGAAAAUAAACUUUCUUUCUUUACCAAUUCGACAAGACUUUGUAAGUUUAUUUUUGAGAAAACAGUAUUAUUUUCAGUGAAAACUUUUAUCCCUUUUGGUCACCAUCAAGAUGAAAAGUAAAACAGAUAUUAAACUUUUCAAUCAGUAAUUCAGUUAUACUUUUUUUCUUUGCAAAGGCUUAGAUUAGUGCUGACUGCUACUUAAGCUAUUCCAUUUAGGUUAAAACAGGCAAUUGUAGUUGGUGCUUGUGGACUGGAGUAUGUCACUGGAGUAUUUCUAUGUAAAGUCUUCAGUAAUCACACUAUGCCUUUGAGUUUUGAUCCCUUUUUAUUUGAUCCCACCUGACAUCCAUUCUUUCUGCAUGAUAUGAACUUUAUUAUUACUAUACUGUAUGUUUAAUAUUAGAACCAAUGUGUAAGGUACAUUCUGUUCAAUAAACUAUUUACAUUCUGA